CUCGGAGUUUGCCUGGAUGCUGUUGCCAUGGUAAUAUAAACAAUAACAGGCAACAGCCAGCAGGUGAAAAGUGCUUGUAAACUUUGUUAUGGAUUUCGAUGGUGAUUUAAAUUUCAAUUUUGGAAAGAAGCUAACAGCCCGCAAAGGUAGAAGGGCUGGCAAUGCCAGCUCACCAAAAGAAGACGCAGCUGCUGAUGGUACCAUAGAUAGUCCUGGAUCUGCACCAGGUUCUGGACUAUCAAGAGGCUCACUGCAGGAACUUGAGGAUGCCUUGCCUGCAGCACCACCGAGAUCUAGACGUUCUGGUGGGUGGGCAGAUGAAGGUGUAAAAUCUGGAAAGAAACGGAGUGCCAGCAACAUAAUUGAGCAGGAACGGUUCAGAAGAACAGAAGAUGUUAAGGAUGACUCUGAUGAUGAUAUACCAGUGAUACCAGACCUGGAUGACAUACAAGAUGAAGACUUGACAACACAGAUUGCCAGUACUCCAUCGGUCAAUCUGAAUAAAGUAGCAGCAUAUAAGGAGCUUGACUCCGAUCUAUUCAAACAUUCAGCAUUUGGGACUCUUGAUAACAUUAAUUUACAGCUCCUUACAAAAAGCCUUAGACCAGAAAAUGAUGUAAAAGAGAUAGAUGAGCCAUGGAACUGGGAUCUGCUGUUCACUGAUAUAGCAUCGGAGCUUCAUAGUGAAUGGGAAAGUACGGAAAACAAGGCAAAGGAAGUGACCUGAAUUUAUAGUCACACAACUAGAUUUUAAAUCAGUUCAGGGUUGCAUCUGUUACUGAUGCAUAAAUACGUAAUUUUUCAGAGAAUAGAAUGGUGCUAAAUUACGGCUGGACACAUUUCAAAAAGUGUGAUAGUAUUUAGGCUUUUCCAAUGAUUACUGCUCUCUCUGUUGUUCACAACUGUUACAUAACAAACAAUAGUUCUUAAGACCCCAUUACUUUUGCUAAAGCCUACACCAACAGGAGCUUGCAAAUAUUUGACUUAUUUGUUUACUGUUUUAUUUGGAGCCAUCGUUCCUCACCUACAGUCUUUUCUCCUCCUUGAUUUUGAAUUGACAGAUAAGCUAUUAUCUCUAUUGAGCUUUAUGUAGAGUAAUGUACAUUCUUUUACAUUUUCUGAAAAAGAUAUUGAUUUAUAGCAGGUACAUCUAUGUUUGAAGAGAAAUACACUACUUCUCAGCAAA